CAACAAGGGGAAUACUUGCAGUGAGCAACCACGGUUCACGAGAGUCUUGGCGUGUUAGUAAGAACGUCUAGGGUUGCUCGUGAGGGCUGCCACUUCAGUGUGUGUCGCGUGCUCGCGAAGAGCAGACGACUGUAUAUUUACCCAGUGACUCGUGUGGUCAGACGUUCGUGUGGCUGCUCUUCGAGAGUUCCCUUUCUUUUUUUGAAACAAAAAUAAAUACCAACUAAAGCCGUGGCCGAAGUUUAUCGUGAAUGUUUGUUGACUAAAUUGGUGCGUCUAAAUAAGACAGUAACUGGAAAGAGUCAGUGCCAAAUCCUUGGACUUGCUGUUCUUGGCCAAGAGGGUGGACAACAUUGUGUAAUCAAGAGACUGCUGAACAAUUGAAAAAAAAGAGAGAAAAAGGAACAAUUGACGGCCUGAGGGUCUUGUGUCCGUUCGCCAUGCAAUUAUUUUAUCGGAAUCAUCUUCAUCUCGCCCAGUCGUGGCAACAGGUGUGCCGAGUUAACCGAAGAUGAUGACACAAGGGACGACGCAGGGAAGCGGUGGACAUUUACGACCGCCCCGUAAAUACACGCCCAGCGAGACCACACAGAUCUACACCGACUGGGCCAAUCAUUACCUGGAAAAGGUCAAAUCCAAGAGACGCAUACAGGAUUUGCCUAACGAUGUCACCGACGGAGUUAUCCUGGCCGACGUCAUUGAAGCUGUCGCCAAUCAGAAAUUACCGGACGUCAACCGCAAGCCCAAAAAUGCAUCGCAAAUGAUUGAUAAUAUCGCCACUUGUCUGAGACUGCUGACGGCACUGGGCAUUCCACUGGACGACGUCACGGCUAGCGAUAUCCAUCAGGGCAAUUUAAAAUCAAUCCUCACCGUCUUCUUCGCCCUUUCGCGCUACAAGCAGCAACAAAAACUACAACAUCAACAACAGCAGCAGCAGCAAGAAAUGGCCAAGAUUCCGGUUGCCAAAACGAACGUGUCUUCCAUUCCGGCGGUUGGACCCGUUAAAAGACCGGGGCAGGUGCAAAUGAUUUCAAAAAUCGCAGUGCCAUCUAGCGUGCAUUAUGGCUCACCACAGCUAAGACCAAUUUCCAGCACUGCAACAUCUGCUGCCAGCUCUCGGUCAGCUAGCCCCAGCCUUUGCAGCACCGGAAGUGGCAACCUUUCUUCAACCAGUUCGCUCAUACCACGCACUCCAACCAAAACCAACACUUCAGCAAAGAUAAAUUCAAUCAAGACACCUUUAGUUGCACAUCCAAUACAGAAGCAAUCCAUGCUUGACAAAUUUAAAUUAUUCAAACCUAGCGACAAAUCAGUUGGUAUUCCAACAGCUCUGUCAAAACGGCCUUCUAGCUCAAGCGGUUUCAGUUCUGGACGUUCAGAGCAGGGAGAUAGUUCGUUCAAUAGCAAUAACGGUCAUGCAGCUCCAUUAACGACUUUGGCAGUAUUCGACCAACCACCACAACAGAAGAAAACGAUACCCAAUCCUCUUGUAGUGCAAAACGGAACCAAAGAACGAAGUAUCAGAACUCGAGCAAAGAACUCGCCCAAAUUGUCGCCCAAAGUGAAAAGAGUCGCUGAAACGGAAGAAAUUGGCAAUAUGAAGGUGAACGAACAACAAGCAACCGUGUCAGCAAAACCCUUCUGCUCUGGUGGCAGUGGUAUACCUAAGCCGACAGCUGCCGUUAAGGGUACCGCCAAAGUUGUGAAGAAACCAAGUGUGACGGAAGAGGCCGUCUUGGAGAGAACACCCGGUGAUGGCAAAGAGGUUCCAAUGGCAACAAACAAAGCUAGUUGCAAGUCUGAAAUAGUAGAACCCUCUGCUGUGGAUACCGCUUCUUCGGUGCUUCACGAUUCUAAUUUGUUGUUAAACUCCUCAGCCGCAUCUCACAAAGAAUCUGCGUUAUCAAGUCAAGUGGCCGUCAAGUGCAGCAGCGGCACGGAUAGCCCUACCAUUCGUCUUCCUUCGAUUGCGGAUACGAACGAGCCCAGUAGUCAACAGCCCAUUCUACCCCGCUCUCAAAACCAACCAGGCCACAUUUCUGACGCUCCUGAUCAAGCAAAUCACCAGUUAGAAAUACAACCGCGAGAAAAGUUGGCAGACCGAGCCGAAUUCUUACCAUCAGAGAGCGACCAGCCGGACGAUUGCAAGGCUGAAAGUUCCCGGUCUUUGAACAACAACAGUAGUUUUGUGGCUAAGGUGUUUCCCAUGACGGGCACAGAUCUAGAAAAGAAUCCUUCCCCAAGUGACACAGUCAACGGUGAUGCUACGAGUCAGUGUCAAGAUGACGACGAGGACGAGUCGAUGAAUGUUCAACCUAUGACAAUAUUUUCGCCAAACAAGAGCCUCGUCAAGCGGCAUGAAUAUCCAAAUGCACCCAACCAACCGUUUCAUGACAGUCCGACUACAAUAAAACGUGCAGCCAACACUUCGUACGCCGAUCCGCUCGAUGGCUACUUGUCCGAGGGCGGUGCGUCUCUUUAUGCCCGCAAACUCCACUAUAUGGCGGUGACGCAGCGCAAUAAAGAUGAAGACAGUUACGACGACUCCAGUUCGUUGUCGAGUGGCAUAUCAGAUCCUUGGACAGACGUUUAUGGACUUCAUUUGAAGAUGGAACAAAAUGGGGUGUAUCCGGGCAUACCGAACGGUUAUGGAACGCCGCUUCAGAAUCGUCGUCAUCCACCGGCUGUCGCUGAAACUUCUCCUUACAAACAAAUAUCGAGUUCGCAAUGGAAGAAGUUUAUCGAGGCUGGGCGCUUGCCAUCCUCAGAAAGGUUCCAAACGGAACUGUGGAAGAGUGAUCCUAGGGAACGGUCACGAUCGCAGCAACAGGAAAUCCCUUCUCCUCGGAAAACAGAGCACAAAAAACUCAAUACGAUCGAGUCUGGCAAGCGAAGUAAAGUGUAUACGGAAAGUGAGUCUAGCGAAAGGCGGCAACCAGCAAAAGGCGUUCCAGCUUCGUUUGGCUACGUGAAAAAGAACACUGGCGGCUAUCCGGGAGUGGAUUCUAAGCGAUACGAUUCGACCGCCGCUAACGGAAAGACAAUCGGCUACAAAACAGCAAAUGUGGCGACGGUUCCGAAAUUAGUGGAAGAACAUCACCGAGACAAUAGCGUUUCAGCCAAUUCAAACCGUAGCUUGGAAAGGCCAAAAACCCGUUUGAAAGUCAGUGGAGGAACCCAGACUGAUAUGAGCGGUCGAACAUUAAAGCCGACCCAGUACAAGGCACCACCUACCUCUGUCCAGACAUCGCUCAAUCAGCCUUGCGGAUCGUUCAGCGAUUCUGAAUAUCAAACAUCCAAUAGCGGAGUGAAAUUCGCAUUGCCAGUUGGUGCAUCACCGAAUGGGAAAGUCGCCAAUCAGCAAACGGGUUUCAAGUCCUAUUCACUUACCGCUCCAAUUGCUAAUCAACUGUCUCACAACAUCCGUGAACGUCUAUUACUCUCCGGUACCCAGAGUCUACCAAAGUCCCAUUUCAAUCACAUGAAUGCCCGAGGCAUGGAAGAAAAGCGUUUAGCGCAUGCCAAUUUCGCCGCACAUUUGUUUGCCGGCGUCAGCGAACUGAAUGCAGAAACGGAUUUGAAUCUAGACUCGCCUGGAGCGUCUCAGUCUGGUGACAAAUUGCGCGACAAGGACAAAUCCAUCAAAUAUGUCGUCAAUGGAAGAAACAUGCAUACGGACGGAUCACUUAGUGAUACGCCUUACACGGCCUACUGGAACAAAUAUCAUCCAAAGAACAGCAAUGAUAUGACUGAUAAUCCAGACGGCAAUUUGGAUUCAGUAAAUGCACAUGGACCGAAAAUUCCUUGGUUGAAUAACCCUCCCAGUCCUCGGUUGAACCGAAGCAACAGUGUCCGGUCAACCAAGUCAGAAAAGGUUUAUCCUUCUAUGUUGCAACGUAACGAAGAGGGUGAGCUCAACAAUUUCAGCAAUCAGACGUUAGAUAACGGUGCAGAUCCAUCGAGCACUCAUCGCUAUGCGGGGUCUUCCACAUCCCGGUCGUCUGUUGGCAACUACAGCGCUCUUCUAUCACUCUCAAGGAUGAAUUCCAAGGAAGAAGACUGUCAUGGCUCAUCCCUCAGUCUGGUUUCGACAGCCAGUUCUCUGUAUUCAUCGCAAGAAGAGAAACAAGCGUCGGAAAUCCGCAAGUUGAGACGGGAAUUGGCUGAAGCUCACGAGAAAGUGAACACAUUGUCUGGACAGUUGUCAACUAAUGCUCACGUAGUUGCUGCCUUUGAGCAGUCUUUAGCCAGCAUGACUAGUCGCUUGCAAUCAUUAACCAUGACGGCUGAACACAAGGAAAAUGAGCUGCAAGAUCUACGUCAGUUUAUAGAUCAGUUGCGCAAACAAGGAGUUCAAACCGGAUCACUAGAAAAAAUUGAUUCGCAAGCCAAUCAGUCAUCAAUGUCACGUCAAUUAUCAAGUGAUUCAGUGUCUAGCGUGACGUCACAGACAACCAACAUGAGCUCGGUGUCAUCUUUGUCGCCUUCUCAGCCCAAUGGAUCGUGUUCACCGUCACCUUCACCGUCACUAAAGAAAAAGUCCUGGUUGCGUAACUCCUUUUCGAAAGCAUUUUCACGCUCCAAGCGGCCCCAGGGAGGGGGUCUCCGUCAGGGCACUGGCUCUGAUUCUGAAGAUUCUUCUGGACCCGUACGCGGAAUAGCCAGCACUUGGUCGGCUCCUUCCUCGCCCAUGUUAGCUAGUCACCAUCCUCAUCCCCAACAUUCGAUCGACGUCCCAGAUGGCGAAGCCGAUCGAUCAAUACCCGUUCCAGAGACUGUUCAAGAUUUGAAAAAGCAACUUAGAGAAAAAGAUAUGGUAUUGACUGAUAUUCGUCUCGAAGCAUUGUCUUCGGCUCAUCAACUGGAGGCUCUUAAAGAGACGGUUUCGAGGAUGAGGAACGAAAUGCUUACACUGAAACAAGAUAAUGAAAGGCUCCAUCGUCAAGUAGAGCACCAGUCGGCUGCCUCUUCACCUCAUCACACGGUCGAUCGUCGUCAAUCCCAUCGACGAUCGCCAGCCGAUGAAGCACCUGUCGUCCCUGAUUGGAUGCUGGGGUUAGACAAUGACAAGGAUAGCAAAUCCAUCGCAGUUCGUCUUCAUAUCAAGCAAAAGGAAGACGAAUGCAAAUCGGCAACGGAGACUACUAAUUUGUGGUUGAUUGGUUACAUAGCUGUCAGCGGGAAAACGCGUUGGGAUCAUCUGGAUAAUUCAAUCUGCAAGCUCUUUAACGAGUAUUUGCGACAGGUUGAUCCCCAAUCUCAUCUUGGUUUGGACGAAGAAUGUCUGACUUCUUAUCGAGUUGGAGAAGUUGUGCGAUCUUUAAACGUUGACGAAGAAGUCGCCACUCCGCCAGAAUUGCUACCCUGUGGCUAUCUGGUGGGUGAUUGCAACUUCAUCGCAGCAAUCGUGAAACAGAGUUCGAAUUAUGAUUUGCCAGCUUGUCUAGCGCUUGAUACGCUCAUACCGUUACCCAUUCUGAGCAGGUACGUAUCGUUGCUUAACGAACACGGACGAGUCAUCCUGAGUGGACCUUCUGGAACGGGCAAGUCGUACCUGGCGCGAAAACUGGCCGAUUACUGUAUAGAAAAGGACGAGACAACGACGUCCACAGCGUCCACCACGACGCUAAAGGUUGAUGCUUCGAGUUGCAAGGAAGUUCGGCAAUAUUUAAGCCACGUAUGUGAAUCUUUGCUGACUGGUAACACUAGCGACAUCCCUAGCGUCAUCAUUUUAGAAGACUUGCACUUAGCUCCUUCGCUCUGUGAGAUUUUCUCGCCACUUUCUCAUUUCGAUUCGGUGCGAGAAAACCAAAAGUUUCCGUAUCUUAUCGGUACGACUGGUCCAAUGGCGCAAUCCUCGGUGCACCUUCAGUUGCAGUUCAAUUUCCGAUGGAUUCUUCUGGCCAAUCAUGCGGAACCCGUACACGGCCUUGUCCAGCGUUUCUUACGCCGUCGUCUGAUUCAGAGUCAACUCCUUGCCAAAUCCCGUGACGGAGCAUUGGAACGAGUUGUCGAAUGGAUUCCUCGUUGUUGGACUCACUUAAACAAAUUCUUAGAGACACACAAUUCAGCGGACGUGACGAUUGGUCCACGUUGGUUCCUCCAGGUUCCAGCUGACGCGACAUGUUCACAGAUUUGGUUCACUGAUCUUUGGAAUUAUACAUUGGCACCCUAUUUGCUGCACGCAGCCAAAGAAGGACUCCAGCUUUAUGGAAAACGAGCAGCCUGGGAAGAUCCAACGUUGUGGAUCUUAUCCACGUAUCCUUGGGCACAAGGCAGUGCCUGCGAUGCUCUCAUGCGACUUCGACCUGAAGAUGUCGGUUACGAUUCUGCAACGAGACCGAAUUCCACGAGUGUUUUCAACCAGGAUCGAGAUCCAUUGGUUAAUAUGCUAAUGAAACUACAAGAAGCAGCUGGUUUACCAAGUCCAGUGGAUAAUUCAGAAAACAGUUCCGAAUCGAUUGCUAGCACAACCGAGUCGAAGGCGACAGAUUCAGUUUAAUCGUAACCAAAGAACUGCAAUUCAAAGUUAAUUUCCUAAGCCACGCUUUUUGCAUAUAGAAAUUAUUCUUCUGAAUUUUUAUUUUUAUUUUUUUUAUUUUUUAUUAAAAGAUUAUCUUAUGUUACAUGAAUUUUUGAAGCGAACAAUUCCCCUGUAUUUCCCCGUGGUGUCUGAAGAAGCUUUUUCAUUUAUUUUGUGCUUACAACUCAUACGAUACACCAGCGGCUUUUUAAAAACCACCGUUCAAUUUCCUAUUUUUGUACUAGUAAAUAACUACGUGCUAUAAAACUCCCAGUUCAAUAAUCGUUCAAUUCGUUUUGAAUUUACCAUGCAAAACUUGUUUGUAAUUGUAUUUGUAAACAGUACACGGCAUUUUUGUACCAUU